UAGGAGCGGCGUUCGGCAUCAGUGGGCGGCGGCGUGUGCACUGAACGCGUGCGGCGCGGGACCAACCGACGCCGCUUCGUGUCGGGGAGCGGGAGCGGGACGGCCGGGCCCUUCCGGACCGAAUCAAAGGUUCCAUGGAUCUCAACAGUGCCAGCACUAUUGUUCUUCGGGUCUUAACGCAGGCCACCAGUCAGGACACGGCUGUGUUAAAACCAGCUGAGGAGCAAUUGAAACAGUGGGAGACUCAGCCAGGUUUCUAUUCGGUGCUGCUGAAUAUUUUCACAAACCAUACCCUGGAUAUAAAUGUCAGGUGGCUUGCUGUGCUAUAUUUUAAAAAUGGAAUUGAUCGCUAUUGGAGACGUGUAGCACCUCAUGCUCUCUCAGAGGAGGAGAAAUCUACAUUGCGUGCGGGACUCAUCACCAACUUCAAUGAGCCAAUAAACCAGAUUGCAACUCAGAUCGCAGUGCUCAUUGCAAAAGUUGCUAGAUUGGACUGCCCUAGACAGUGGCCUGAACUGAUUCCCACUCUCCUAGAGUCUGUGAAAGUCCAAGAUGACCUUCGACAGCACCGAGCAUUGCUUACCUUCUAUCAUGUUACCAAGACUUUGGCAUCCAAGCGCCUGGCUGCUGAUAGGAAGUUGUUUUAUGAUUUAGCUUCUGGAAUUUAUAAUUUUGCCUGCUCUCUGUGGAACCACCAUACAGACACAUUCCUGCAACAAGUUUCUUCUGGGAAUGAAGCUACAGUUCAGAGUUCAUUAGAACGAACAUUACUGUCUUUGAAAGUGCUGCGUAAGUUAACUGUUAAUGGAUUUGUGGAGCCUCAUAAGAAUAUAGAGGUGAUGGGCUUUUUACAUGGAAUAUUUGAUCGUCUAAAACAAUUUCUGGAUUGCAGUAGAAGUAUAGGUGCAGAUAAUGUAUGUAGAGAUAGACUGGAAAAGACCAUCAUUCUCUUUACUAAAGUGCUUUUGGAUUUCUUGGACCAGCAUCCCUUUUCUUUUACUCCUCUAAUUCAGAGAUCACUAGAAUUUUCUGUAAGCUAUGUUUUUACAGAAGUUGGUGAAGGAGUUACAUUUGAGCGAUUCAUUGUCCAGUGCAUGAAUCUUAUUAAGAUGAUUGUGAAAAAUUAUGCAUAUAAGCCAUCAAAAAAUUUUGAAGAUAGUAGCCCCGAAACUCUUAAAGCUCAUAAGAUUAAGAUGGCGUUUUUCACGUAUCCCACUCUGACGGAGAUAUGUAGGAGAUUAGUCUCUCAUUAUUUUCUGCUAACUGAAGAAGAACUGACAAUGUGGGACGAAGAUCCGGAAGGCUUCACAGUGGAAGAAACUGGAGGAGAUUCUUGGAAAUAUAGUUUGAGGCCUUGCACUGAAGUACUGUUUAUAGAUAUAUUCCAUGAAUAUAAUCAAACUCUUACUCCUGUACUUCUAGAAAUGAUGCAGACACUUCAAGGGCCGACCAAUGUGGAAGAUAUGAAUGCAUUGUUAAUCAAAGAUGCUGUGUAUAAUGCUAUGGGAUUAGCUGCUUAUGAGCUGUUUGACAGUGUUGAUUUUGAUCAGUGGUUUAAAAACCAACUUCUUCCAGAAUUACAAGUAAUUCAUAAUAGGUAUAAGCCGUUGCGACGCAGGGUGAUCUGGCUUAUUGGUCAGUGGAUUUCUGUGAAAUUCAAGUCUGACUUAAGACCACUGCUAUAUGAAGCAAUUUGUAACUUACUUCAAGAUCAAGAUUUAGUGGUUCGUAUUGAAACAGCUACAACUCUGAAGUUAACUGUUGAUGAUUUUGAGUUUCGGACAGACCAGUUUUUGCCGUAUUUGGAAACCAUGUUCACACUACUUUUUCAGUUACUGCAGCAAGUUACAGAGUGUGACACAAAGAUGCAUGUUUUGCAUGUCCUUUCUUGUGUCAUUGAAAGAGUCAACAUGCAGAUACGACCAUAUGUAGGUUGUCUGGUACAGUAUUUGCCUCUUCUUUGGAAGCAGAGUGAGGAACACAAUAUGUUAAGAUGUGCUAUUUUGACCACACUAAUUCAUCUUGUUCAGGGAUUAGGAGCAGACAGCAAGAACCUGUACCCUUUCCUGCUCCCAGUAAUUCAACUGAGUACAGAUGUUUCCCAGCCUCCACAUGUUUAUCUUCUGGAAGAUGGUUUAGAAUUAUGGUUGGUGACAUUGGAAAACAGCCCAUGUAUAACACCAGAGUUACUUCGAAUAUUUCAGAAUAUGUCGCCACUUCUUGAAUCAGAACUAAGUUCAGAAAAUCUCAGAACCUGCUUUAAGAUCAUCAAUGGUUAUAUCUUUUUGUCAUCAACAGAAUUUUUACAGACAUAUGCAAUAGGUUUAUGUCAGUCCUUUUGUGAGCUAUUGAAGGAAAUUACUACAGAAGGUCAAGUUCAAGUGCUCAAGGUUGUGGAAAAUGCCCUUAAAGUGAACCCAGUAUUAGGCCCGCAAAUGUUUCAACCAAUUUUACCCUGUGUUUUCAGGGGGAUUGUAGAAGGGGAGAGGUAUCCUGUAGUAAUGUCUACGUAUCUUGGAGUCAUGGGCCGAGUACUGCUACAAAAUACUAGUUAUUUUUCUUCACUUCUUAAUGAGAUGGCACAUAAAUUCAAUCAGGAGAUGGACCAGCUUUUGGGAAGUAUGAUUGAAAUGUGGGUUGAUCGAAUGGACAAUAUCACCCAGCCUGAAAGAAGAAAGCUUUCAGCUUUGGCUUUGCUUUCUCUUCUGCCUUCUGAUAAUAGUGUUAUCCAAGAUAAAUUCUGUGGCAUUAUAAACAUCUCGGUGGAGGGCCUACAUGAUGUCAUGACGGAAGAUCCUGAAACAAGAACUUAUAAAGAUUGCAUGUUGAUGUCUCAUCUUGAGGAACCAAAAGCAACCGAAGAUGAAGAGCCACCUACAGAACAGGAUAAGAGGGAAAAGAUGCUGGCCCUGAAGGAUCCUGUCCACACAGUGUCCCUGCAGCAGUUCAUCUACGAGAAGCUCAAGGCACAGCAGGAGCUGUUGGGCGAACAAGGCUUCCAGUCACUCAUGGAAACCGUGGACACAGAGAUUGUCACCCAGCUGCAGGAGUUUCUGCAGGGAUUCUAAGAGCACACGCUAACAUUGUGGCCGCCUCCCCUUCCUGAAACACCGAAUCACCCAGCCUGCCAUCUGUCCCGAGAGCCUGCUGCCGUGGUGGAGAAAUCACUUGUGUUUGAAAAUAAAGAAACAAAGACCAUAGACUUUUUUUAACUACACAAUUCAAGGAAUAAGUGUAAGAUGCCACAUAGCUAAAAUCACAAACCUAUUCCUCGGAAGAAUUUAAUUUUAUAUUUAUGAGGGGCCCUGUGUUUGCUAGAUAACAUUUGAUGACAAUAGUUUAGUUCCUGUUAAGAGAAGAAACUUUGAUUCUCUUAAUCAUGUAUUCUUAACACUUGAGAAGAUGAAGUUAAUGUCUGAGAUUUUUGCAAUCAAAAUUGGUCACAUUUGGCUAUCUUUACCGUUAAGGUAAUGAAACUAAAGGUUUGAAAAAUGACGAAGUUAUUCAGAUGAUGCAUCUAAAAGAAUUUUUCACACUAGGCAAAGAAAUACAUAAAUAUGGAGAAGUACAUAUUACUAAGAUUAUCUUGCAAAGGGAUUGUUUUCAUCUCACGUAGAAAACGAGUUUUAUCAGACAGGCUUUUAUUCUCUAUGACAAUAAUUUGAUACGGAAAUCAGAGGUUUUUUGUUGUUGUUGUUGUUGUUGUUGUUGUUUUCCCCUCAAGUUUUCAUAACUCUAUUUAGUCUUCACACACACAUUGUAAGGCCUGCAAAAGUGAACCGGUGGUACCGUGGUUACCAGGCGGGAGACCUCUGCUCAUGUUUGGCCCUAGUCCUUUGCCACUCGUGAAGGCCAGCUGCUCUGUGGGCACCGAGAAGGGCCAGGCAGCCCACUUCCUGACUGUGCUGCGACCUGACUCACAGGCUGUUCCACACGCACCCAGCUCGAUUGCUCCUUGGGUGUGCACGUGUGCGCGUGCAUGUGAGUCAGGACCUCUGUGGCCUGGGUGGUCCUCGGGACCCACCAGCAGCCCCCAGGCUGGGGCUGAACUUCAUAGGCAGAUGCCUGCCAGAGCAUCAGGGUACUGACAGACAGGACUAGUCUCCCUUCCUCCCCCUGCACGCCGUACCAGAAAGGGGAGAGGAGAGAAAGAAGCCUUACUUUGUUUCACUUGCCAUUUAUUGUCUGAAAGGUGUGAUGUAUUUUUCAGGAAAUAAUCAAAAGCAAGGUUGUAAAAUGUUUGCUCUUUCGAUAGAAAGUUGGGUACAGUAUGUAACACUGUGGGAAACCCACUGCCCCUGCGCGAGCUGUGGAACCCAGAAUAGAUAAAAAUGUUUGGUGUUUUCACCAAGAGAAAGAAAAUAGGGGCUCAAUUAAAUUUUCUGAACAUACCUCA